AUGUCAGAUUCUAAUUUCGAAAUUCAAGAAGAAGAUCAACCUGCUGUUGAUACCACCCAAACUAGUUCUGUUGAUGAAUCCUUAUACUCUCGUCAACUAUAUGUCUUGGGUAAAGAUGCAAUGGUUAAGAUGCAAUCCUCAUCUGUUUUGAUCAUUGGUUUAAAAGGUUUAGGUGUUGAAAUUGCCAAAAAUAUCGUUUUAGCUGGUGUUAAAAGACUAUGUCUAUACGAUCCUGAACCAUCACAAGUUUUAGAUCAAUCAACUCAAUUUUUCUUGUCACAAUCUUCUAUCGAUCAAAAAUUACCAAGAGAUGAAGCCUCACUUGUCAAACUAAAUGAAUUGAAUAGUUAUGUUCCUGUUCAAGUUAUCCAUGAUUUAGAAUUCAAAACUUUGUCUCAAUUUCAAGUGGUUAUCAUUACAAGUAGUGUUAUUUCAUUAGAAAAACAAGUCUUAAUCAAUAAUUUUACUCACGAAAACGAUAUCAAAUUUAUCUCAACUGACACAAGGGGUUUAUUUGGUCAAGUUUUUACUGAUUUCGGUAAUGCCUUUACUGUUAUCGAUCAAACUGGCGAAGAACCUCUUUCUGGAAUUGUGUCUGACAUUGAAGAAGAUGGAAGUGUAACUAUGUUGGAUGAUAAUAGACACGGUUUAGAAGAUGGCGAUUAUGUCAAAUUUUCCGAAAUUCUAGGUUCUGAUAGCAUCACCUCUCUAAACGAUGGAACUCCUUACAAAAUUGAAGUUUUAGGCCCUUAUGCUUUCAAAAUUUUAACUGAUAAGGAUUUAUCGGGCUACAAAAGAGGUGGUAUUUACACUCAAGUUAAAGUGCCUGCAACAAUUAAAUUCGACACUCUUUUUAAUCAGCUAUCAAACCCUGAAUAUCUCAUCUCUGAUUUUGCCAAAUUUGAUAGACCUUCUCAAUUACAUCUAGGUUUCCAAGCUUUACAUCAAUUUAGAGAAAAACAUCAAGGUAACUUACCAAAACCUCAUUCAGUUGAAGACUCAAAUGAAUUAUUGCAUUUAGUUAAAAAUUUAUCUGAACAAAAUCCUCAAAUUUUGGGCGAAGAAAAAGUUAAUGAAAAAUUAAUUAGAGAAUUAUCAUUUCAAGCUCAAGGUGAUAUACCUGGAAUGGUUGCCACUUUUGGUGGUUUAGUAGCUCAAGAAGCUUUAAAAGCUUGUUCCGGUAAAUUCCGUCCCAUAAAACAGUUUUUGUAUUUCGAUUCCUUAGAGUCUUUACCUGAUCCAAAAAUCUAUUCAAGAUCUGAAGAAGAAUGUAAACCAAUUGGUUCAAGAUACGAUAAUCAAAUUGCUGUCUUUGGUCGUAAAUUUCAUGAAAAAAUUACAAAUCUCAAAGCCUUCCUUGUUGGCGCUGGUGCAAUUGGUUGUGAAAUGUUGAAAAAUUGGUCAAUGAUGGGAUUAGGUACUGGUCCAAAGGGCUCAAUCCUUGUUACUGAUAACGAUUUUAUCGAAAAAUCUAACCUUAACAGACAAUUCUUGUUUAGACCCCACAAUAUUAAUCAAAGUAAAUCCAAAGUGGCCAUUGAAGUUGUUGCUGAAAUGAACCCAGAUUUAACUGGUAAAAUUUUUCAUUCCAUUCAAAAAGUUGGAUCAGAAACUGAAGAUUUUUUCAAUGAUGAUCUCUGGAAUAGUUUUGAUCUUGUUACAAAUGCUUUAGAUAAUGUUGAAGCUAGAACUUAUGUUGACAGAAGAUGUGUGUUUUUCAAAAAACCAUUACUAGAAAGUGGUACUUUAGGAACCAAAGGUAACACUCAAGUAAUUAUUCCCUCAUUGACUGAGAGUUACUCAUCAUCUCAAGAUCCACCAGAGAAAUCAAUUCCCUUGUGUACUUUAAGAUCAUUCCCAAAUAAGAUUGAUCACACAAUUGCUUGGGCCAAAUCUUUAUUCCAAGGAUAUUUUUCUGAUUCGAUUGAAAAUGUUAACUUAUAUCUUUCCCAAAAGGAUUUUGUUGAAUCAACUUUAAAGAAAAGUGCUGAUAUUAAAGGCACUUUACAAUCGAUCCGCGAUAAUUUGAAAGUAAGACCAUACUCUUUUGAUGAUUGUAUUAAAUGGGCAAGGUUGGAAUUUGAAAAAAAAUUCAAUAAUGAUAUUCAGCAAUUAUUAUAUAAUUUCCCCUUAGACUCUAAAACAACUCAAGGAGCUCCAUUCUGGUCCGGCUCGAAGAGAGCUCCCAAACCUUUAACCUUCGAUAUUAAUAAUCCAGAUCACUUUAAUUUUAUUGUCGCUGCUGCCAAUAUUAGAGCCUCUAAUUACGGGUUAGCUGGCGAUAAAAAUGAAAAACCCAAAAUCUUCCUGUAUGCUAAAGCUAUUUCAGAAGUUGAAAAAACUAUUAAGCCAUUCUCUCCCAAAUCCAAUGUCAGAAUCCAAGCAAGCGACAAUGAGCCUGAUCCAAAUAGUUCGGAUGAUAUUGACAACGAUGAAAUUAAGAGGCUUGCUGCUGAUUUACCUCCACCUUCAUCCUUAGCUGGCUACAGAUUGAAUGAGACAGUUUUUGAAAAAGAUGAUGAUGGCAACUAUCAUAUUGAUUUUAUCACGGCUGCUUCUAAUUGCCGUGCAUUAAACUAUUUCAUUGAGCCAGUUGAUCGUUUGAAGACAAAAUUGGUUGCCGGAAAAAUCAUUCCUGCUAUUGCUACUACCACUGCUUUAGUCUCUGGGUUAGUAUGUUUAGAAUUGUACAAAGUUGCUGAUAACAAAAGGGACAUCGAACAAUACAAAAACGGGUUUAUUAACUUGGCCUUGCCUUUCUUUGGAUUUUCUGAGCCAAUCAGGUCGCCAAAGGACAAAUAUAAUAACAAGGAGUAUGAUAAGAUUUGGGAUAGAUUUACUAUCAAGAGGGAUGUAACAUUGAAAGAGCUAAUCCACUAUUUCAAGAAGAAAGAAGGUUUAGAGAUAACAAUGAUAUCCUUCAAAGUCUCUUUGCUUUACGCAUCAUUUUUCCCACCCAAGAAAUUAAAACCAAGAAUGGGUAUGAAGAUCUCUGAGUUGAUCAAUGAGUUCUCCAAGAACAAGGUUGACGACAAAACCAAAACUAUAAUUUUGGAAAUCUGUGCUGAUGAUUUGGAAGGAGAAGACGUUGAGGUUCCUUUUGUUUGUAUUAAAUUGAAAUAA